GGACACGCGCUCGACACACAAGCAGCAGCCGGAGGUUCCCCAUGCACGGAACGCAGUCCACCGCAGCGCCUCUACAGGCCAAGCCCUCCCCAGUUUUGCAACCAGGAAAAGCAUGACCUGCCCGAACGACAAGGCCGUCCUCGGUCAUCGUCAUUGUGGGACACUUGGGGAGUGCCCACAACCAGAACAACGACGUAGAGGAUGCCACCGCGCGGACGUAGCUCACUGGGCGUCUCUACAGACCCUUCCGAGUGUGCAGCCAAGGGUGAGUAGCCUGUUUGCAAGAGCGAGUAAUUCACUGCGGGAGAAUCAGGAGAUAGACAAAGGCCCAUUCCCGAUCAACAAACGCUGCGAGUCUCCAUCAUGCGACGCACUGCGUAUACAGGUCUCCUUGGACAUGCAGUCAGGAAGAAGAUGGUCUGCUCAUGCACAAAGUCACAACAGCUGGAAACCGCAUGCCGAUACGCUCGCCAGCCUAUGCUUCCGGCGGUGCAAGGACGCGCGGCAGAAACAUGUGGCACCACAGGGCCUGCCACCCACCGUCGACCCGUUCCGGCUGGUGCACUCAGCAUUCACAGGACGGUUGGUAGCGGCCUGGAUGCUGGCAUGGCGAUGUCACGGUUCAGCCCGGUCGCAAAUGCGAUUGAAGCCAAGUUGCCCAGACAAUGGUAUGGCGCUCGUAGGUAGUGGGAUCGACGACAGGGUGCUGAGCGGAGGCGAAGGUUGGUUAGCGCUCUUCGUGAUGGAUGAUGGGGUGUUGAGCGACUUACUCGAGUCAAAAAUGGAUCAAGCUCAACGUGAAAGACUCGAUAGACGUGUGUUUGAGAAAGAUUCAAAGAGCGAGAUCAUCCUUGUGCUUGAUAUCAAGCGGCACAGAGGCGAGAGCGAUGUGGUUAAAAAGUUAGCGGAGCGGAGAUAGCGGCACUCGUUCCGUCCAGCGCGAUUUUGUUGUGCGGUGCGCCGUCACUCGCUUCGGAAGUUGAUUGGCUUGGAGCGCCAGAAUUGCGCGGCCCCAGCCUCCGCAGUCGCCCCUGAACAACUGAAUCCUCCCGCCUCCCCAGUCUUUCCCCCGGUCGUGCGGCACUUUGAUUGUG